GGUUGGGUAGGAGGUAGGCAACGUAUUAUAGGUACUCGGUACAUGCAAACGAAGCACCUAGCGAGGAACUUUCAACAUCCAUACUACGUCGUACUCACCUCCCGCUCAAACCCACCGACCUCUCAACCUCCUCUCAAGUCCACAAUAAUCAUUCUGAAGAGAGAGAGUUCCGACUCGCCAGCUGCCCAAUCCGAACCCCCUUACGAUUACAGCCUCCAGAGCGACCUCCCUAGCACCCAUCCCUCUAUGCCUCUAUUUAUCGCCGACUCGUCGCCGGGUCUAGUUUUGGACACGAGCUGGCAUUGGUAGAUCUCGUCGAGACAUCUCGAAGGAGGAGGGGGGGCGAUCUUGGGCAGGGAUUGCCAGCAUCAGACGGCCCAUGUCCUCUACGGCCGUGCUGCUUUCCUACUUUUUUGGUUUCCGGCUCCGGUUGCGCCUAUCCACCUACCGGCCUACCAGCUACAGGCUGCCCCUUGGUAACGUUGGGUUGGGUGGUAAGGCCAUGCCUGGCGACAGCUGCUGCGUAGACUGCGGAGGAUAAUUAAUUAAUUGCCCUUUCACGCCAUCACGCUCUUUCCGAGUCUCCCUUGCCAAUUUCUUGCCAUUCCCAGCUUCCCCCGUUCUGGAUGAGAGGCAAACAUGGCUUACCGUCCCAGUCGACCGUCCUUCGACUACCAUGACUUCGUCCUUCGUGAUCUCCCGGUAGCCGACCUGUCGCGCCGUCCGAGACCCAAUCGUCCGAGGGACCUCCUAGCCGACGUCGAUUCGAGCUCUGAUGACGAUAUCGGUACCCCGAAGCCCAAGCGACUUUCCCGUCACUCUCGUUCCAUGAGCCACCCCUUCCCCUCUUUAUUCUCCAAGAAGAAGAAGGAUGAGAAACCCGUCAAUCCAGCUAGGAAUGGUACCUUUGACGACGACGACGACGACAGCCCUACACCGAAGACGCACCACCACAACCUUCACCAGAACAUGGCGUCGAGGAAACUUCCUCGAGGGCCGAUAGAUUACGCAACGGGGAACUGCAUGACAUGUGGUAGCUUGGUUAGGUGGCCCAAGGAACUGCAGUUCUUCAGGUGUACUAUUUGCUUGACGAUAAACGAUCUCCGGCCGUACGAUCCUGCUGCUGGCCACGGCGGCCUCCAGCCCGUCAUGAGCAACGUCAUACAACCGAGCGAAGGCGAGUUCGGUCCUCCGCGGCGACCUUCGCAACCCUCGCAGCCUCCAAAUUCGAUAUCCCUCGAGUACACGAGACACCUCGUAAAGCAGUGUCUCCGCUCGUCCUUGCAAUCUUGGAUGUCGCCCCAGCCAUGCCGAGAGCCCCCCGAAUCCUGGCGUAGCCGGUCCUCGUCUCGCCCGUUGAAUGAGUAUCUGACACCGCCUGGGCCUUCCGGUCAACAAGAUACUGCCGCAUCCUCGAGUGCAAGCCCGUCUGGCUACGCCUACAAUUCGGUAUUCGACGACUUUGCCGAUGCCAGCCCCGGUCCCGAACCCCCAACCGAUGGUACCCCUAUGAUGCGAUCGUACUCGACAUCCUACCCCGAUGCUAGGAGUUACACGUUUCCUACCUCCGGCCCGGCCACCGGACCCAGCACCCAUUCGGAUGCCGUGGCGUCGGAUCUAGAGCCCAGGGGGGUCUUCAAAAAGCUAGAAGACUAUCUUAUUUCGUGUUUCAGUUCUCAUGCGUGUGUGAAUCACUCAUUCGUCACUAGACACGUGAGCGCUAGCUCCAGACCACCGCCCGAAGCUGCCAAAAAGCGGGUUGCAGAAGUUAGAAGGGAGCCGGUUCGUGACGGCCCGCCCAUAGCAGAGCUCGACGCCAAGUUGUUGCUGUUGGGCAACUUCGCCGAGAAUGGCGCGUGGUGGAUAAGAGGCCAAGAGGAAGUUCAGCCCCUGAGAGCUCCCCCCCGACGGAAGGAUGAUCUGCCUUCCAUUGUAACCCCUAAAUCUCCCCGAAUCGAUUGGGGCGCGGCCAUGGAAUGGUAUCAUAUAGUGAUCAAUACAGCCGACCCGUGGCAGGGGAUAUACGAUGACGUGUUACGACUCGACUCAUUCCAGAAGCUAUCGGACGCAAGGCUGCAGCAGUUCAAGGCACUCGUUGUUGCUGGCCAAGAACAUAUACGGAGAGUCCUGCUGAGGUGCACGGAAAUGGUCUUGAGGCGUCCGGGCAGAUUGAUGGCAGAGCCUCAGGACGUCCGCUUCUUGCUCCUGUUAUUAGGCAACCCCCUCCUCCCGUCCGAGGCCAAGUCGUACACAGACCAGCGUCAAUAUAUGGGCAAAGGAAAGGGUGCAGCCUCGGAGCCCGACCCAGAGUUGCAGGCCAGAUCCUCGCCCGGGCGACACUCGGGGAUCAUGAAGCGAAUUCUGGGCCUAUUGGCGAACUCGUCCGAACAAUGCCACCAUCACUUAAUCACAUGGUUCUCUAGGCUCCCCGAGCAUCUCUUCCUCCAAAUAAAGGAUUUAAUCGGCGGGUUCGUUACGUACCGGUUGACUCGUCAAAACGAGAAGAAGCUGGAGACUCAAGUGGACGUAACGGCAGGUUUGAUCCCACAGAUGCCCAACGCUCGCUCUGGCAACACACCGGCGACACUGCAUGCGGCUCUAGAAGCCUCGAGGCCAUCCAAGAAGCAAAGGCCACCCAUCGAUCCGAAGCGCGCUGCAUAUACCGACGAUUGGCAAAUAAAGGCCGGGGCCAGAGUCAUGGCUCUCAUAUUCUCUGCUAAUAAUAUGACAUAUGUUCGGCGGACCAAUAGAGCCGAUGGGCGCCUCCAUAGCCACUUAUUGUCAACGAGUGACUUCUACAACUCCCUCGUCGACAGUUUAGAUUUCAAGGCCGAUUAUGAGCUGUGGGAGUCGAAGCGGGGCAGGUUCACCUUCUGCCAAUACCCAUUCUUCCUAAGCAUCUGGGCGAAAAUACAGAUACUAGAAUUUGAUGCUAAACGGCAGAUGGCCGGAAAGGCCAGAGAAGCCUUCUUCGACAGUAUCUUGACCCACAAGAACUACACACAAUAUCUUGUCCUGAGUGUCCGGCGAGACUGCCUAGUAGAGGAUAGCCUCAAGAAGGUAAGCGAGGUUGUCGGUAGCGGUAGCGAAGAUAUCAAGAAGGGUCUGCGUAUUGAAUUUCAAGGAGAGGAAGGCGUCGACGGCGGGGGACUUCGAAAGGAAUGGUUUCUACUUCUCGUGCGGGAGAUUUUUAAUCCGGACCAUGGGCUCUUCGUCUACGACGAAGACUCUCACUUCUGUUACUUCAACUCGAAUACCUUCGAGACUUCGGACCAAUUCUUCCUGGUCGGUGUGCUUCUCGGUUUGGCUAUAUACAAUUCAACAAUACUGGACGUGGCCCUUCCGCCAUUUGCCUUCCGAAAGUUGCUCGCAUCCGCCCCGCCCCCGACCGCCGGUACCCCUGCUCACUCUCGUCCGACGAUGAACUACACGUUGGACGACUUAGCAGAGUUCCGUCCGACGCUCGCUAGGGGGCUCCGCCAGUUAUUGGAAUUCGAGGGGGACGUCCAAUCGACCUUUUGCCUCGACUUCGUGAUCGAGGUUGACAGGUACGGCACGAGGGCCCGAGUACCUCUCUGUCCCGGAGGUGAAACCAAAAUGGUUACCAACACGAAUCGGCGAGAAUACGUCGAUCUCUACGUUAGGUACCUACUUGACACGUCGGUGAGCAGACAGUUUGAGCCUUUCAAGCGAGGCUUCUUCACCGUUUGUGCCGGAAAUGCCUUGACCCUCUUCAGACCAGAGGAGAUCGAACUUCUCGUCCGCGGAUCGGACGAGCCGUUAGAUAUCACCUCUCUACGUGCCGUUGCUGCUUACACAGGCUGGCCAAAAUACGUGGACCCCGAGAAGGAACCGACGAUACAAUGGUUCUGGGACACGUUUGAAAGAGCCUCGCCGUCGGACCAACGGCGACUAUUAUCUUUUAUCACCGGCAGCGACCGCAUACCCGCUAUGGGUGCUGCAUCUCUCGUCAUCAAAGUGAAUUUCUUGGGGGAGGAAGAAGGGAGGUUCCCUUCGGCAAGAACUUGUUUUAACACCUUGUCCUUGUACCGCUACACCUCGCGGGCGAGACUGGAGGAACGUCUUUGGCGCGCGGUCAACGAAAGUGAGGGAUUUGGACUCAAGUGACAGCAGGUGAUAAGCUCACGAAAAGCAUUGUAUUGGCGUUAUUGGACCUUGUUGGACCGGUGGUCGAAUGGUGAUGGGCCAACGUACGCGGAAAGCGUCGCGCACAUCGUGGUUCGCCAUAAUGUAAGUCAGAUGGUAGUUUUUUUUCCCUAGUGGGAGAGGGAACUUGUCAAUUGUGUCGUAACGGCACGGACUAUACCCUAACUACAUACUAUGUCUGCAUCACCUUGAUUCCGGCAGUCAUAUUUCAUGCUACGCGAAGCUGGUAACUGCGCGUAUAGGCUGUUAGUGGGGCUUUGAUAUUAGCCAUUGCCCUUCCUGAAAAGGACCGAUCGUGUUCUGUUAUAAUUAGGGACUAGAGGGGGCGGUAUCUAUCCGCUCGUAACAGCACCUUGCCGCAUCCCGUUAUAGAAAAACGUCUUUGGCAUAGUAUCAAGACGAGUUAGGAGCGGGUUUUUGCAACUCUCAUCUCUCUCGAUGGGAACAUAUAAA